AUGGUGUACGAUGACGAUGAUUUCACCACAGACAGCAACACUGUCACCACCAUGGAGUUUCAGUCACAGCAACGAGAUUUGCUGAGACGCAAACAAGAAUUGGACCGCAAGAUUCAAUCGUUGGACGAUAACUCCGGCCAUAAUAGUAAUGAGAUCAGCGAUAGAAUGCACAAUAUGCACUUUACUCAAAACUCGGGAGGUUCCGUCGGCGAAGCAAGCACUGCUACUUCUAACGCGACUGGCACCACGGAUAAUACCGGCUAUCCCGGUGCUCCUCCUCCUCAUCACAAUCCAUACGGAUAUGGUGCAUACCCACCUCCUUAUGGCUACCCUCCUCCGCCCUAUGGUUAUGGGUACCCACCCAAUGGCGGUGCUGGUGCUGGUGCUGGUGGAAAGUCUCGUGCUGGCGGACAUGCUCCACCGCCACCUCAAUGGGGAGCACCACCUCCUCCUCCUCCUUCCGGACAGGAUGAAUCGCGUCUGUUCAUCAUGCUAUCCCAAAAGGAAGACGAAAUCAAGGAACUGCGGGCCAAAUACGAAGAAGCGCAACUCAAGAUUCAGUCCCAAUUCAUUGAGAUUUCACGUCUCGAGGCCAAAGUAGAAGUAGCACAGGCGAAUGUGCACCAAGAACGCAAGAUUGCCCGUUUGGAAGCGGAAGCCGCUGCCAGUGAACGUUUGGAAUUGCUGAUGCAAGAACAACGCAAGGAACACAAGGAGACUAUGCGUCAAAUGCAGGAACAAAUGUCCCAAGCGGCAGCGGCCAUUGCGUUGACAAGAAAUGAAGCGCCACCUCCGCCUCUCAAGUUUCAGUCGCACCCGAGCAUGGUAGCUCCGGGUGUCGACAACUAUGAUGAUGACGAUGGAACUAUCCAUCCUGAUGCCAAGACGACUGACGAGGAGGAAGCUCAUGAAGAUGAUGAUAUUUACAACGAGGCAAAGUCGUUGCAUAAUACACAAGACUUUAAGAAAUUGCCAAACAAAUUGGCCAAGGCUACCAAUUUGCCUUCCCCACUCGAUGAUGCUACGUUUGAUUCGGGCGAUCAAGAACCGAGCAUUCCCAUUGACGAGAAUGAAGCCCAAACUAGCUGGGAAGGAGGAUCCACACAAAAAAAGCGUUUCAAGGAAAGGCCAUGGGGUAAGAAUGAGUAUCACGAUGAUAUUGACCGAUUGGUCGUGGAUGAACUCAGUUUGGGAGCGAGUUAUAUUGGUCGUGGGGAUGCUGCCGCAGGCACCCUUCCCACUUCCAGGUCCACCGACCCAGAACAAGCCGUGGAAGAUUCUUUUGAUGCGGCCGAUAAGGACAACAAAUUUCAACCCAUAUACAGUGAUCCGAAUGAACAACAACCUGUAGUGGAACUAGACAACCAAUCAUUGGGUCAAACUGUGGCUUCUAGUACCUAUGGAGAAGAUCGCCAAAAGGUGGUCAACAAGACACUGUUGGAUCCUUAUGGCGACAAAGGAGUAUAUACCGGUGUUGUCUUGAGGACCACUGGAAUGCCACAUGGAUUGGGACGUAUGGUGUACGAAGAAGAUGGCCGUAUCUUUGAAGGUGAUUGGCGCCACGGACGAUGGCAUGGAUACGGAAAGGCUACAUUCAGCAAUGGAGAUGCCUAUGAUGGAGAAUACAAGUUUGAUCAACGUCAUGGCAAGGGUGUCUACAAGUGGGCUGACGGAAGAGUCUUUGAUGGACAAUUCAGUGAGGAUAAGCGUCACGGACAUGGAAUCUUCACUUGGCCCGAUGGCGCAGUCUACGAUGGUGAAUUUGUCAAUGGGCAACGCCAAGGACAUGGGAAAUACAGAUUUGCUGACGGUGGGGAAUACGUUGGGUCUUGGCAUGGUGGCCGCUAUUCUGGGUUUGGUACUUGUACUUGGGAAGACGGUAGACGCUACCGCGGAGAAUGGCGUAAUGGCAUGGCCCAUGGCAGAGGUACCGAAACUUAUCCCAAUGGCGCUGUUCGACACGAUGGCCAGUGGGUGGAUGAUGAGCCAGUUCGUUGA